AAGAGCAAUGGGGAUCCUGCUUGCAAACACAGUCUUGCCAUACUUUUGAAGCCAUGUCGGGACCUUCUGUUUGCCUUCCUUCAGCGGAGGAGUUGCUGUCGAAGCGGGUUCAGGAACUGGGUCUCGACCCGAAAUCUGGAGAACAUCACCUCUAUAUCUGCAGGAAAGCUGAAGCAGCCGAUCAAGAUCCCGAGGAAAAUGUGUCCCCCGGUCCGACAAUUCCAGUUAUCGACCUUGGCAUUAUAAUCUCACCAGAGAACUCCACCACACCGUGCAAUGGACACGAAAGAGAAGAGGAGCUGCAGAAACUCCGAUCGGCACUCUCCUCAUGGGGCUGCUUUCAGGCGAUAGGACAUGGGAUUUCGGGAUCCUUCCUGGACAAAUUAAGGCAAGUGGCUCGGGAAUUCUUUGGGCAGCCGAUGGAAGAGAAGAAGAAAGUUGCCAAAGGAGUGGAAGAGUUUGAAGGGUAUGGCGGUGAUCCCGUCCCGGCCCAAGGACAGCCCCUUGACUGGUCCGAUCGCCUCUUUCUUGACGUGUACCCUGCUCAUCGGAGGAAGCCCCAAUACUGGCCUGAGACUCCGGCUUCUUUCAGCAAAGUGUUAGAAGAGUACACGGAGAAGAUCAAGAAGGUGACGGAGUGGGCCUCGAGAGCCAUGGCACUGUCCCUGAGCUUGGAAGAGGGAUGCUUCAUGGACCAAUUCGGUGAGGAAGCGCCACUGCAAGUGAGGUUCAACUACUACUCUCCAUGCAGUCGACCCAAUCUCGUCCUCGGGCUGAAACCGCACGCCGAUGGGUCGGGUUACACCAUCAUAUUGCAAGAUGAUGGUGUGGAGGGCCUUCAGGUCCUCAAAGAAGGCAGAUGGGUGACAGUCCCCUCCCUGCCCCAUGCUCUCCUUGUCGUCAUGGGAGAUCAAAUGGAGAUAAUGACCAAUGGAGAGUUCAAGAGCCCGGUGCACAGAGUGCUGUCGAACUCGGAGAGAGAGAGGAUUUCCAUAGCCGUGUUCUAUACGCCGGAGGCAGGCAAAGAGAUUGGACCACAGGAAGGCCUGAUCAAUGAGGACCGGCCUAAAGCCUACAAGAAUGUGAAGGACUAUGCUGAUAUUCACUGGGGGUACUACCAGCAAGGCACGAGGGCCAUCCACGUCGCUAAAGUCUAGGACUGUCAUCUCAUCUUCUAUCUCGCGUUUUAGGAAUUCGAACUCUGUGUCAAAUCUGUAAUUUAGUAACCGUGCCCGACACGACCAUAUAUUCCGGUAAUUAAUUUCAUCACCCAAUUACCACACUUUCAGAAAGUCAAUAAUACGAUAUCCCUUAUAAAUCA